AUGGCAGUAAUCAGUUUUAGUUCAGCAAAUCCAACCGAUGCUGGUCGACGUCGUCGAAAUGGGUUUUCAUUACCAUUGUACUAUGUGCAAAUACUCGCUUUAGUACUUAUUGUAUUUAUUAUUCUGAUGAACUAUUUAACAUUAUGUGUGAACAUUCCAACACAUCCGUGGCAAUGGUUGAGUAUUGUUCUUUCCUCGGUGAUUAUUCUUCCAUUUUCAGUUAUAUUCAUCGUACUUAUACUCAGCGAUCCAGCCGAAGAUUCAAUUAAGAAUCAAAAUCGUGGACCACGAACUGAUUUCGAUCGACGUGUACACCAACAUGUCAUAACGAAUUUUUAUUGUAAUAUAUGUGAUGCGAACGUGACUGAAAAAGCCAAACACUGUUCGUCCUGUAAUAAAUGUGUAUACGCCUUCGAUCAUCAUUGUAUAUGGCUCAAUAAUUGUAUCGGUGGGAAGAAUUACCGUCGUUUUCUUACGAUGUUAACCUUACUAGUUAUUGGAACAUUGUUUGUUUUCAUAAAUAGUUUACUUCAAUUCAUUGGAUCGUUUCUGACAUCCCCGUCUGCAAUUAGCUUGAAUCCAUACUAUGCGCCAGAUCGAUAUGCAGUAUUGAUGAUUCCCGCAUCUCAAAUUGCAUUUCAAGUGAUAUCAGGAAUUGUAGCAAUAAUUUGUUUGGUUACAUUUGCAAUGGCUGGAUAUCUUCUUGGUUUUCAUAUCUUUCUAUGUUAUCAUGGCUUUUCGACGUAUGAUUUUGUAAUGAAACGACGACACAAUCGUACCAUUGAUCAGACGUUAACACAAUUUAAUCAGCUCGCUCAAAAUUCAAGGGAAGAACCAGCACGCGCGUCGAAAUUUCUGCCGGUCAAGAAAUUACGAAACAACCAAGUGAUGGAUUUACAAGGAAACGGUGCAGACAAUCAUCAUGCAAACGGUAAUCUUCGAAAUGAUCAAAUCUUUACAGUAGAAGCAAACUAUAAUGACGCGUCAGAAUCUUUACGUGUGUGCCAAAACACUAACCAACAAUCGUAUGUCAUUAAUAAAUCCUAUCAAGAUGUGAAUGACUAA